AUGCCGAAACGGACAUACAAGGAUGUACGAGCAGCAGCAGCGGGAUUCGCUCGGAUUCUUGAUAAAUCAGGGGUUCCAAACAUACACUUUGGCAUGAACACCGUUGGAAUUAUUGGCAAUGAUUGUGGGACUAAAGACAUCGACAUCGUUGUAGAGAAAGGCAAGCUUAAGACAGCUAUACAGGCCAUCACAGACGCUGACUACAUCAAAUGCACCGACCAGGGCUGUCCUGAGCUUGGGGAGGACCGCCAUCCACACUUCGAUUGGCUUCCAGAAAACACUUGGGAAGAGGUGAAGGCAAAGUAUGAUGCAGUAUCAGAAGGCUAUACGCUACACAGGUUCCACCCCAUCGCCGCGGCGCAUUUCCAUAUUCCGCGGGGUUAUAUCGUGUCGCUGUAUCGCAAAUCCCAUUUGCUUUGGUGGCUUCGUGAGAUCCCUGCCGGAGCAAUGGCUCCGGAUGAUCCUGAUAUUGUCCAUUCGACCGACUCAGCACGUCUUCCGCAACCAGGACUUGUACCGUGGCCCGGCCCUAUUGAUGAGGCUCUUUCAGUAUAUUCAUUGGGCCAGGGCUACGGGCCAUGGUCUGAACGAUACCCCGUGAAAGUAUUAAGCCCAAGAGCGCAUGUUGAGGCUGUGAUCCUGUUGCUUUGCCGGGACUUCCACGUGGAGAGAAGAAUUGAUUUCAAAUGGUUUUGUAUGCUCUGUAAUCUGGGAGAGAGAAAGAUCGGUACGCAGUGUGGUGCUCGUUAUAAGUUAAAGGACGAGUUCCAACCCUUCUGGGACCAGUUUCGCGGCCAUGUCCAGGUAGCGGACGACGCGAAUAUUUUUGCUCCGUUAUUCAAUCUUCGCGACCAGCUGAUUGCAGAAGGCAGGCUCCCUGACCUGCCGCGAGGCAACCCUGAGACUGGGAUCCUCUAUCGUUUCGAAUUGACCAACGGUUACUGGGACCGCGGUGACAAGCGUCGUGGAUGGGUUUUCUACAAGCUUCGCUUACCCAGCGAACCCAGGUUGUCAAAGCCCCUUGCGAGGCCCUGUUUCGAGGUUAGUCUUCCAUUAUUGUUUUCGUAG